AAGGACUUAUUGAGCUUGAAAGGCAACGUGAUUACGUGUGGUUUGGGUUCGUUCAAUACACAACAUGCAUUUAUAUAAAUCAUUUGGUAAAUUUUAAUUAAUCUACUCCGAAGUUUUAUAACUACUCUGUCAUGUGCGAAAACAAUGUGAAAAUAUCUGCAGGCAUGUUUGAGUUUAACCUGUUGAAGUUUGAGGAUACCAUAAAGAAAUUAAAUGCGAAAAAGGAAACGAUAAUGGAAAAAGAGAGUCUGUCUUCAACAACACAUUACACUCGGAAGAAAUCGUUCCCUUUUCAACACGAACAUGGAUUACAUGCAGGGAUGUAUAGUGCUCAUGGCUCUAGAAGACCAUCAGUGGCUUACAGGGCCGUUAAAGCUGUGGAAAAUGUCGCUAGACGAAUGUCCACACCUGAUUUCUCAAUUGAAAGAAUUGAGCAAAACUUAGAGGAAGAACUUGAGAGAGAAUCAAAAGAACCAGAAAAACUUGGAGACAUUUUACGAAGGUCUGGUGAGAAACUCCUACAUAGUAAAAAAGUUCUGUUUUUGAUCGUGCUUUUAAACAUCAUCGAUUGUGGAUUGGUUCUUGGUGAAUUAAUUUUAGAUAUACACUUUAUAAAAGAUAUGGUAAACGACUCAAAAGUUUUAAUCAAAAAGUUCAUGGUUAUCUUACGGACCGAGUUUGCUGCAAUAUUUGGAUUAAUAGACACAUUAGAUGUACCUGCAUAUUUCAACACAGUCAUAAAUACAAUUUCACAUCCUUCAAAAUAUAAUCGGACGUUAUCAAACAAAUCUAGUGAUCAUUUUCAACAAUUUACACAUCAAGAUAUGCCAACUUUUUUGGAUACAACAGUUACAACAAUAGAAGAAGAUAUAGCUCAUGCAUUUCAUAAAGCUAGUAUAGCAAUAUUAGGUUUCCUUGUUUUAAUGACUAUUUUAAAAGUAUUUUGUUACGGAAAAGAAAUAUUCAAGAAAAAACUUCAGCUAUUUGAUGGUGUAAUUGUGAUUAUAUCCUUCGUCCUAGAUCUUGCCUUUAUAAAAGGUAUGAUGGAAUAUCCACUAGAAGAUGCAGUUGAAAUCCUAGCAUUCCUUAUACCAUGGAGAGUAAUAAGAGUUGCCAACAGUUUGGUUGUGACAGUUACUGAUCAGGCACAUUUGCAACUCAAAAUUAUAUACUCACAAAAGAAAUCCACCGAAUCAAGAUUACAAUUUAGUCAGCAGCAAAAUCAAUAUCAUAGCGACGUUUUGAACAGAGUAAAAAAGUUAUGUGAAGAAGAAGGAAUACCUACCUGGAAAUUAUCGACAGCUAUAAACGAAAUACCUUUUCCAAGAAAGAAAAGAUCAAAGAAAUUUGGAUUGUCCAUAAAGAAGACUCUAGAUAAAUCAAUCAAUUGUAUAAGAUUACACGAUCCGCGUGUUUCACUUCCGUAUGGAGAUCCAAACAUAGUAUUGUCACAUGACAAGAUGGAGUCAGACUCUGAUGAAGAAGAUAAUAAGUCGAAAAUGUUUCAGGUGCCUUCCAUACACAUAAUUGAACCAUCCGAUACUAUUUUUGAAUCUGAAGAGGAAGAUGAAGAAAAUGACGGAAGUUCGUUUAGUGAUGAUGAAAACGAUGACAGCAGACAACUUUAAAAAUUUUUAUUUCGGAAUUUAAAAAAUACAAAAAAGAGAAAAUAUGAACAUAAGAAAAAAGAGAUUUUGGAAGCAAAAUCUUUCAAGCAUCCUAUGUUGAUUUAAGAACAAGAAUGCAAUGAUUGGAUCGUUGUGACGUAACUGUAUUUUUAUUGACGUUUCAUUAAUUCGUCGACAUUCUGUAGAUAGAAGAUAAAAGAAAUGUGAUAGAACUAUAAUUUAAAUAUAAGGACAUUAGAUAUCUAUGCAAUAUUAUGAAUUAAGUUUGAUGUCCUGUACAAUAUCUUAUCAUACAGUAAACUAUCUGCUAGGUAUAAAAACGUUCCAAUGAAAAAGAUAUAUUACUGUUCACUGGUUUAAAGAACCAUAUAUUAAACAGUAAUAUUGUACAGUAUAAUCUCAGGAGCAACCAUUGUUUGUUAUUGUAUCAUUCCAUACAAAUUAAAUAUGUUUAUAAUUUUU